GAGAGACUACGAUCCAGCCUAUUGGAUGUCGUUUUGUGUGUCCCGCCCCCUUUUCCCUCUGAUUGGCUGGGGGCGAACAAGCCCCAGCACCAAGCUCAGGAAAACUGAAUGGGGAGAGCUCUCUGCCAAUGGGAGCGCAGCAAGCGGCUCGUGCGUCAGCCGAUGGCACGCGCUCAUAUAAGCAGCUGUAGAGCAGGCGAGAGACAGACAGAGAGAGGGAGAGGAUUACAGGCUCUGACACACGCACACGCGUGCAAACGUCUCUCCAUUUUGGUGUCAUUUUGGGGGAAAGCGGUCGGUGAGCGAACCACAGCUUGAGUAAUUGAAAGAGGAAGCGUUUGUGGACAGAAGGUUGGGCUGCGAGUUCCCCGAUUCCCACCACGACCCAGAAUCCUCUGCUUCAGGCGAGACAGACUAAGACAGGAGAAGUCGAAGGAGGAGAUAGAGGAGACGAAGGAGAAGCAGGAGGAGUAGCAGAAGAAGAAGAAGAAGAAGAAGAAGAAGGAGGCGGACCCUUCCGCAUUCGCCAAUACAGGAAGUCCGUGCACCGUCCAUUUCCUGGCCCGCACCGCCACCCUGGGGAAGGCAACGGCGCCCACCCCCCCCCGACGACCCCUGACCCCGCGGCCCCUCCCCCUCCUUCACCACCCCCCCCGCCACAGAAGGCGGAGCUACGCUGUAGCCCCGCCCCUAGCUGCCGUCGCCAUGCACAUCAAGACAACCAAAUGCAGCCGCUACUGCCUAGUGGCCUCGACCGCCCCCCCGGAGCUGUUCGACCGCCCGGACGCCCAGGCCCGUUUUGAGGGGCUCUUCCGCUCCUUCGACCCCCAGGUCCAGUUCCAGUACUUCCGGUCAUUCCGGAGGGUCCGGAUCAGCUUCCAGGACGCUCUCGCCGCGGCCGAGGCUAGGCUCCGCCUCCACAAGACCGACCUUAACGGCCGCGAGAUGAGGCUGUACUUCGCCCAGUCGGUCCACAUCGGCGGCCCCCACCUGGAGCCCCCCAAGCCGGACAAGCAGUUCCUGAUUUCCCCGCCGGCAUCGCCCCCCGUGGGCUGGGAGCAGUCCCCAGACGCCCGGCCUGUGGUCAACUACGACCUGCUCUGCGCCAUCGCCAAGCUGGGCCCCGGUGACAAGUACGAGCUCCACACGGCCACGCCCACCACCCCAAGCGUGGUAGUGCAUGUGUGCGAGGACGAUCACGCCGACAGCUCGGGCCCCGACGACAGCGACCAUGAUGACAAGCCCCGCCCCCCCCGGCCCAAGAUUAUCCAGACGCGGCGGCCCGACUUUGUGGGCGGAGUCAAGCAGUGAGCGGGUGCUUUCACCCUCCCCUCGCGCCGGGGGGGAGGGGGAGGGGCUCCCCCGUGUCCGACCGAAACGGUCAGCUUUUAAACAAUUAGUUCGGGUUCGAGGUUCAACAGGUCAAGAGCCGCGUAACAAAAAUCGGAAAAAAAUGAAGAUCGGAGGAAAAACUUCGGAAAAAGUAUUGGAAAGCUCGCUCCGGAGUUAACUUGGAGAUGAGCGACGACGGACCUGUAAGACAAAUGUGCAUUUCAACGCGAAAACGGGGGGACGGACUGUAGAGAUCAGAGAGAGGAGGUGAACGUAGUUUAACCAUAAAGUCCAUUCAUGUUUGCGUUUCUGAUCCCUCAUCGACACCCCCCCCCCCUUGUUGAAUGGACAUCAGGUGACACCAAAGUCUGACAGACGGUAACAGCGCGAAGAGUCUGUUUUGAAGUUCUUGACGUUCGUUUUUAGACUAUUGUUUUUUCCUGACUGGGGAUUAGUUCGGUGUUCGGACACUGUUCCGAACUUUGCUUAUUUAGGAGGCAGGUUUGAUCAGAAGGUUUUUGUUAUUUUUAUGUUUUAAUAAUAUCUCUGGUUGGUUUUGUUGACACUUUAGACGACCGGAGAAAUAUCACAAACUUAAUUGAUAAUUCAUACCAUGUCUAAUAUGUUUGCUAAAUUUUUUCUGUUAACUAGUGCUACGAUAUAUACCCGCGGGGGGGCAUUUUGUUUGUUUCACAUCAAACCCCCUUGUACGAUAGAUAAACGUAACGAUUUUAAAGGAUACUUUCUAUGUUGUGUUGUAGGUUAAUCUAUAAAACUAGGGCUAACCCUUUUUCGGCUUAUUCUUGGGCUUACGUUUUGAGCAAGCGACCACAGUUGUGGCGUAUUGACCACAUUUAAAGGCACUGUGUUCAGACAUAAAAACUGAAAUGCUGGCGAGGACUGAGUUUAAAUCUGUAAAAUCUCUGAAUUCCGAUUCCGAAUUUGCUGGAAGUUUGUUUCUCGUCAUAAACACAAAAGCGUCAUGUAUGUAAAAGUGUAUUUCUAAUAACCAUUUGUACAAGGCCACUGUAAGGAGGGAAACUUGCACUGUGUGUGUGUGUGUGUGUGUGUGUGUGUGUGUGUGUGUGUGUGUGUGUGUGUGUGUGUGUGUGUGUGUGUGUGUGUGUGUGUGUGUGUGUGUGUGUGUGUGUGUCCGUGCGCUUGUGAUGUUAUGCUAAAUUUUCCAUCCCCUGUCCUCCUCCCGCCAAAAUAAAACAAAUUAGCACGAUUGUAUAAAGUGGAAAGAAAUAAACAAUUUGCUAACGAUUUGAAUGUAGAUUACUUUUGUUACAGAGUGCUACAUUUACUAAACGCCGCCCGUAAUAAAAUACUUAUUUAUGAAACGGUGUUGUUUGUAUUCCACUGUUGUGAGUGUGAUUAGCCGUUACAAGCCAUUUGAAAAAUCUGCCUCUUCUGAAAUCAAGUGUCGGCGUGUCCAAUUAGAUGUAUGACGGAUAGAUAAGCAAUAUUUGCUACAGUCCACUGCUCAUACAGUCUAUGAGGCUUAUAGACUGAUCUAUCAAGCGAUUUUUUUAAACGGCUUGUAACGGCUAAUCUCACUCACACUUUGUGUUAUAGUAUGUCACCUUUAAAAAAAGCUACGGGCACAAAGACUUCAUCGAGCUAAACGCAAAAGAAAUACGACUUUGGCCAAUGUUUAAGUUCUACUUACUUUUGUUUUGACUUAGGGUGGGGGGAAAAUUGAAUAUUUUACGGUUCGACAACCACUGUGUUCAUGGUUGGAAGAGGGGGUGGACAUUAUUGUGUCUGGAAGCGAUUUCACUGUUAGAACACUGGGGCAUCAGAAGUUUUCAGCCCCCCCCCACCCACCCCGGGAUGGUACUGUGAAAAAGCAUGUGACAACAGCGUGAAAGACCCCCCUCCCCACACACAUCAGGUUGGAUCGGUUCAUUUACCUUCAGCACAGCUGUUAUUUAAACUGAUUUGUUUUUCGGAUUUUUUCAUUGAAUAAAUACUUGACUUAUCAAACUCGA